AUGGAAACAUUCGAACACAAUGGGCCGCGUAUCCGCCUUUUGGCUCAUCUUGUGGUCCCGUCCGUCUCGUCGUCUGUCGUCUGCGCGCGAUUUUGUGCGACAACUCAUCAUCGUCCGCGAAUCUGCAUCGCCCCUUUCUUUUUUAAACUACCUGAAACAUCCCGUGUGCCAGUGGCAAAGGGUCUAGAUACGGUGCAUCGGGUGGUGGUGGGGUCCCUGGGGCUCGCCACCCUCGUUCUUGGCACGUCUGCUCUGCUCAACGCUGGCAGCGCGCUGAGCUGGCACUGGAGCAAGGAAAAGCGUGCCAGUGAGAGCGGGCCUAGUGCACCCUCUCGAGCUGACGCAUCAUCAUCACCUGAAUGA